CUGAGGUUUGAGUCACGUUGUGUGCUUGCGCAAGUGAAUCUGAACCAUUAGUAUUAGUGGGAGUCAGCGCUACCACUGCCACACAGUGCUCGACAAAGAUUGUAACUUCAGUGAACACCACUGGCAUGACACAGUAUGAUUUGAGCAUUUUCAACAUCGACUGAGGUUGUUGUGUCACCAGGAACACGUUUGGAGUAGGGGAUUGGAGAUUUCAUUCAUCAUCCGAGGAGUUAACGAUGUCAGGAUCUUUUUGUAGAAGUUUAUAUGCCUUCAGCGGAGAUCAGCAUCAGCAAGGGUUGAAGUUUGAGGCGGGAGAACUCAUCAAAAUAACACAAGCUUUGGACGGAGGUUGGUGGGAGGGCGAAAAGGACGGAGUGAAGGGAUGGUUUCCCUCAACAUACGUUCAAGUGGAGAAAUUAUCCUCAAUGUUACCAGCUGAUGAGCCGCUGCCCAGAGACUGGAAGUGCUACAUGUCACCGCAAGGGCAGAAAUACUAUGUCAACUCUGUCAGCAAUGAGACAACGUGGGAGAGGCCAUCUAGCACACCUGGCACCCCUAAAACUCCAUUAAAACAUAAGAACUCUGUACCUACAGUGAAUGGAUUUCAUGGCAAUGGUAGUCCAUUGCAUCAGACUGAACAGUCACAUGUACUGAUGCGGAGAACAAGCACAGGUCAACAGAGUCCUGUGUCUACUGCAUCCACCAGGAAGCAGGAGCAUGAAUCCACCGUAACUAUCAACUGUGUGACGUUCCCUCUUCCCCUGCACAUGUCUGAACAGCAGCUGCUCAAACCAGAUGAGUGGAGCUACUGUGAUUAUUUUUGGGCAGACCAAAAGGAUCCACAGGGUAAUGCCACUGUCUCAGGAUUUGAAGUUUUGCUGCAAAAACAGCUGAAGGGGAAACAGAUGCAGAAAGAGAUGGCAGAGUUUGUGCGGGAGAGAAUCAAGAUUGAGGAGGAGUAUGCCAAGAAUCUGUCGAAGCUCUCUCAGAUCCCACUCGGGGCACAGGAGGAGGGCACGCUUGGAGAAGCUUGGGCCCAGCUGAAGAAAAGCCUGGCAGAUGAGGCAGAAGUUCAUCUCAAAUUCUCCUCAAAGCUUCAAAGUGAGGUGGAGAAGCCCCUCCUAAUAUUUCGGGAAAACUUAAAAAAAGACAUGAAAAGGUUUGACCAUCACAUGGCCGAUCUGAGGAAGCAGCUAGCCAGUCGAUAUGGUGCUGUGGAUAAGGCACGUAAAGCUCUGGCAGAUCGGCAGAAGGAUCUAGAGUUAAAAACUCAGCAGCUGGAGAUCAAACUGAGCACCAAGAUUGAGGAAGACAUCAAGAAAGCACGCAGGAAAUCCACACAGGCAGGGGAUGACCUUAUGCGAUGUGUUGACCUCUAUAAUCAGUCCCAGUCCAAGUGGUUUGAAGAGAUGGUCACCACAAGUCUGGAGCUUGAGAGGCUGGAGGUGGAGCGGGUGGAGAUCAUCAGACAGCACCUGUGUCAGUACACAACACUACGACACGAGACAGACAUGUUCAACCAAGGCACCAUAGAGCCAGUGGACAAACUGCUUCGGGAUGUAGACCCUGCCAGGGAUCGAGAGCUAUGGGUGAAGGAACAUAAGACAGGGGAGGCGAGACCAGUGGACAUGGAGAUCUAAUACCAUGAAGACCAGACUCAUACCAUUGCAC